UCUCCACUUGCAUUUUUCUCAUCAACCAAACGCAACAGUUUCUUUUCGAUCAACAACUAGUUUCCUGGAAAAAUCAACAAAAAGGGUACUUUAAGCUUCAUACCAUAGCAAUUGUAGCUGAAGGUCAUCAAGAUUCAUAGAAAAUGGCAUACCAUGGAGAUCUCAAUCUAAAGGCAACAGAGCUAAGAUUAGGGUUGCCAGGAAGCGAUGAGCCGGAUCAGAAACAACCCACAUCUAGUGUAACAAGAGGAAUUAAAAGAGCUUCACCAGAAUUAUCGGAGGAGUCUAGGACUAGAAGCAAUAUCACUAGUGGAUCCAUUGUUGAAAAUGAUGAAGAACAUUGUGCAUCUCCUGCCAAGGCACAAGUAGUGGGGUGGCCGCCAAUCAGAUCUUACAGGAAAAAUUAUUUCCAAACGAAGCAAAGUGAGGGUGAGGGUGCUGGUAUGUACGUUAAAGUGAGUGUGGAUGGAGCUCCGUAUCUAAGAAAGAUUGAUAUUAAGGUGUAUAACAGCUACCCAGAACUCCUCAAGGCAUUGGAAAAUAUGUUCAAGCUAAAAAUUGGUGAGUAUUCUGAGAGAGAAGGGUACAAUGGAUCCGACUACGCUCCUACUUAUGAAGACAAAGAUGGCGAUUGGAUGCUUGUUGGAGAUGUCCCAUGGGGUAUGUUUAUUUCCUCAUGCAAGAGGCUGCGAAUUGUGAAAGGAUCAGAAGGUAGAGGAUUGAGCUGUUUAUAGAAAGCCAGA